CUGAUCAUCUUCAUCGCAGAGAUUGCAGGCGCUGUCGUAGCUCUCGUCUAUUCCUCUGUGGCACAAAGUUUCCUGCAGUCUGUCCUUACUCCGGUCCUGCAGACUCAGUACGGUGACAAGCAAGAUGUUACCUCGAGCUGGAACAACACCAUGAAGGAUUUAAAGUGCUGCGGGCUCAACAACUACACAGAUUUCAACAAUUCAUACUAUGUGAAGAACAAAGGAGUUUACCCAGAAGCAUGCUGCAAUUUCAACACCACCUCCUCCUGUACAGAGAAUUUCGCCCACACCUCUAAAGUCCCAGGCUGUUUCAAUCAGAUUUUGGACUUGUUGAAGAAAAAAUGCAGCCAUUGUGGGAGGUGUUGCAGCUGGAAUUGGUGCCUUGGAGCUGGCAGCAAUGGUGGUGUCCAUGUACCUGUACUGCAAGAUAGACAAGCACGGUGCCAUCCACUA